AUGGUCAAGAGCAAGUCGCUCUCAGCCAAAGACAUCUGGGAGAAGUUGAAACAACACCACGAAGGGAACGCCGAUCCGUUCAAGAUUCGCACGCUACUCUACGAGAUUUCGAAUGCGUCGUACGAUGAGGACACCAACCUCGGCGAGUUUCUCAAGGGCAUCACGGACAAGGUCGAUCAACUCGAUGAUCUCGGCCAGAAGUUCAAGGAUGAAGCCAUCGUCGCGUUUAUGCUUCAAGCUCUACCUCCCUCAUACGAGAUGCUCAAGCAAGCUAUAAAGCUCAGCGAUAAGUGCUCGGUUGACUACGCCGUCAAUCGACUUACCGACGAGUACAGUGAACGCAAGCUCACUGGCAAGUACGACAAGUUACUCAAGAACGCGGGAGCGUUAGCGGUUCGCGAAGGCACGCAAGUCAAGCGUGAUCCGAACUGCAUUUGUCGUGGUUGCAAGGGAACCGGUCAUUACCAAAUCGAUCCGGAAUGUCCCAAGUACGAUCCGAACGCCAAACGCGGUCGUAACAAGAACCACAGCAACAAGAAGAAGAAGCAACAUCAGCAUUCCAAGGGAUCUGCGGAUUCGGAGGAGUCGGCUUCUUUUGCGUUGGUGGUCAAGUCUCUCGAGGAGAGCCAUUCGCUUCACAUCAACGUCGCGAAUAGGGUGUCACAGAACGACCAGAGUGAGAUCUGGAUCCUGGACACCGGUGCAAGUCAGCACUACGUCGGCAACGCAAGUCUGCUUACCGACCGUCAACAUGGAAGUCUGAACGUUCAAACCGCGAGCGGUCAGGUAGUACAUUGCGACACGUAUGGUACGGUACGGUUCAAGUUGAGAAGCGGGGCCUCGCUCUCACUUUCGAACGUCUACCAUCUCCCGGGCGCUCCGGUGAACCUCGUCUCGACUCGUGCUUUAUACCGAUCAGGAGCUAGUUGCGGAUGGGAAGAUGGCAGGGAUGUCAUGACGAUCAAGAUCAAAGGGCUUACCGUAGCGAAGACGCUGAACGGUACCGGUUACACCCUCGACUUUACGCGCAUUGUCGAGGACCAAGCUCAUGUUGCAACUCGUGCGACAGUGGGAGCGCCUUUGAUGGAAUGGCAUCGUCGCUACGGCCACAUCGCCGUGAGCUCGCUCAAGGAGCUCGUCAAGUCAGGCGCUGUAGAUGGACUAGUUCUCACCGACGAGAAGGUCCACGACUGCGAGCCCUGCAUCAGUUCCAAGUCUCGCGCAUCGAAGUUCUCCGAGUCGGUUACCCAUGUCACCGACGUCCUUCAACGCGUAUUCAUGGACAUCGGAUUCGUCGCAGAAGAUCAAGUCGAUUUUCAAGGUCGAAAGGCGUACCUGGCUAUUGUAGACCAGUACUCGACUGCGAAGUGGACGUUUCCGUUGAAGACCAAGUCGGCCGAAGAAGUCACUCGCGUAUGGAUCGCAUUUCGACAAGGUGUCGAGAAGAUGACUGGUCGCAAAAUCAAGCGCGUUCGCACGGACAAUGGCAACGAGUUCACCAACAAGCUCAUCGGCGCAGAUUUCCAAAGUCAAGGAAUUCUCCAUGAGACCUCAGCACCGUACACCCCGCAACAGAAUGGAACGGUUGAACGCUUCAACGGCUCGUUGAUGGCGAUCGUUCGUGCGGUCCUUGCAGCCUCCAAGCUGUCCUGGAAGUACUGGUCGUAUGCGAUGGAGUACGCCACGUUCGUCGCGAAUCGGGUCCUACACUCCAAGUUGGAUGGCAAGACGGCUUACGAAGUUUUCUACGGAAAGAAGCCCAAGGUCUCGCACUUUCGUCCAUUUGGAUCGACCGUCUUCGCGCAAGUCCCCAAGUCGAAACGUGUCAGAACCCAAUCAUACUGAUUCUCUUCUAAUUCUAUUUACUUCUCAUGCCACUAUUCCACUCCUACUUUGCACUCCUUCUUUAGCCUAUUACCCUCUAUGCCGGAUCCCAGCGCCUGAUCGAGACUCGGUUGACACGUUGGCUUGGGUUGAAGUCGCGCGCCUCGCGGGCACUCGUCUCUCUUCCUUCUUCAUCCAUCUUCCAUCCUCGAUCUUGCGCCCGUACUCAACCCCUUGAGUCGGGAUCCAGUCCUCCAUACUUCUCACAAAACGCUCUAAGCUCGAGCCGACUUCAGUCAGGGGAACGUUCAUCGGGUAUGACAACGAGUACAACUAUCGCGUGCUCGUCGACUCCGAUUCGGAACACAAGGUGAUCAUCACACGCGACAUCGCGGUCUUGAACCUACAACCAGAGGAGGUCCGUGCACCGGAGGUCACGACUUUGCUCGAGGGGCCAGAUGAAGAUGAGGGUCCCGUCUUGGAAGGCAACGACGCCGGAGACGAACUUCAGGAUGAGGUUGCUGGAGAGCAGAUAGCCCCUGCUCGUCCGAACCGUCCUCGUUGGGAAUACGGAGAUCCCGCGGUUAGGGGUCGAAACCCAGGCAGGUUUGAGGAGAUCGACGCAGGCAACGAGAUUCAUCAGCGUACUCGUGGCCAAAGGCGCAUCGUGGAACAACAAGGUCUCUUCGUCACAGAGAUACCCGAACUCGAUCCCGAACCACCCAUCAUGUCUGGCUAUGCGAUGAUCAGCACGGAUCGUCCGGCCGUACCCAGCAGCUACGAAGAAGCGAUGAACAGUGCCGAAGCGGACAAGUGGAAGGAAGCUAUCCAGGACGAACUCAAUGCGAUGGAUCGUCAUCAAGUCCUUGCAGACUCGGAUCUUCCCCACGGUGCUCGCGCUCUCGGGUCGAAGUGGGUUUUCGCUCGUAAGGAGAACGCUCAAGGAGAAGUCAUUCGUUACAAGGCUCGAUUGGUCGCGCAAGGUUUUGCACAGCGAUCUGGCAUCGACUACAACGAGACUUUCGCUCCCGUUGCUCGCUCUACGACGAUUCUCUUUCUCAUCGCCAUCGCUGCAUCCCAAGGACUGUGCCUCGAACAAUUCGAUUACGACUCAGCGUUUCUGAACGGAACGAUGACGGAGAUGGUCUACAUGAAGUAUCCCAAGGGUUGGGAUCGUCCUCAGCUUGGCCAAGUCCUUCGUCUCAAUAACGAAGCAAGCUCCUCGAGAAUGGAACUCGGCAGUCAACAACCUCAUGGUCGCUUGUGGUUACUCGCGAUCUGACGCCGAUUCAUGUCUCUACGUCAAGCGUGUCGAGGAGAUGUUCGUCUACAUUACUCUCUACGUCGAUGAUGGACUCGCUGCCUCGAACGAUCAGACGUUUCUGGAUUCGGAGAUCCAAGCUUUCAACAAGGUGUACCAACUCAAGCGACUUGGUCCUGUGAAGGUGUUUCUCGGUCUCGAAUUCCUGCGCACGUCCAAGUUCAUCUUCGUGCACCAGUCCAAGUACAUCAGGAGCCUCGUCGCUACGUAUGGCGGAGAUCACGGAUCGAAGCACCCAGCGAAGGUCCCGAUGGAGCCCAGGUCGAACAUGGAACACUCGACGGAGCCGUUCGACGACAUUGCACUCUACCAGUCAGCAGUGGGAGCUUUGCAGUAUGCUGCGCAUCGUGCUCGUCCCGACAUCGUCACUUCGGUUCGUGCAGCAGCUUCCAAGGUUUCAGCUCCUACCCAGGCCGACUGGAUCGCGGUGAAGAGGAUCAUCCGCUACUUGCAAGGUACCAUUGACUGGGGACUCAAGUACAACCUCGAGGGUUCGACCGUGUUCGAACUCUACUCAGAUGCCUCGUGGGGAGACGACAUGUUGACUGGCAAGUCGAUAGGAGCGUUCGUCUCGAUCAUGGCAGGCGCAGCAAUUUCUUGGCAGAGUAAGCAGCAAUCGAUGGUUGCGACUUCGACUACUGAGGCCGAGAUCUUGGCUGCUUCUGCGGCAGCAAAGGAGGCCAUGUGGCUUCGACGCCUGGCUGCGGAUCUCAAGAUUCAACAACCUGGAUCUACACUUCUCUGGGAGGACAAUCAGGCGGUGAUAGCGAUCGCACAGAACCCGGCUCAUCAUGGUAGGACGAAGCACUACAGUGUGCAUCACUUCUACAUUCGCGAGCGAGUUACGAUUGGCGACAUUCGAAUCAAGUAUUGCAAGACAGGAGCCAUGACUGCGGAUCUUCUCACCAAGCCGCUCGCUCGCAACUUGUUCGAACUUCAUCGUGAUGGAUUGGGGAUGGUAUCCCUUGGAGCCUUGACCAGUGGGAGUGUUGUGGGAAAUUAGUAAAGGGUCAGCGGUCCAGAGGGACUUGUGGCAUUGGGAAGUUGGCGCGCGCGUGGCGCGGCGCCGGAUGGAGGCAGAUGGCGGUGUGGUGUCUUGAUUGGACUCAGAGGUGGCUUGCACGCGGAUACUAUCUAAGGCUCUGGUUUCGUUCACUCUCUCCCUCUUCUUUAACACACACUCGAUAUCUAUCUCGCCCAUUCGCCUGCUACAAGUUGAUUGACCUUGGCGAUACUCUAUCUCACAAUAGGUUAGUUGUAAUACAUUAA